AUGAUACCGUUCCCAACACAUAAAGCAAUGGCUGUCGUAGUACGUGAACCGAAAAAAAGGAAAGGAGAAGAAGUUGAUGUGGAGAAUAAAAAAGUUAAGAAACGGUCAGUAUGGAUGAGAGAAUCUUCUAGAGAAGAGAUGUAUGAGAAAUACGAUGAAAUUGAAUCCAGUAUUCCUUACAAAUUCAUGGAAAUAUUGGGCAUUGAUAAAGAAGCAUUCAACUCUAUCCUGAAAAAGAUUUCGCGGAAGAUUCACAAGGCGGACACUCUGAUGCGACAGGCAAUUCCGGCGCGCCUCAAGCUGCAGUCGUUCUGCGAGUACGUGGUGACUGGCUGCACCUUCUCCAGCCUGGAGCGACUGUUCCACGUGUCAGCCACUUCCAUCAGCAAGUACAUUCCCGAGGUGGCCGACGCCAUAUUGGCUGUGUUUCCCGAAUUCAUUCAGGUAAUUGAAAGCAUUGAUAAUUGUGCCGGAGUGAUUCAGGGCAAGACGAUCUUUAACAAACAGUGGAAACGAUACAGCAAAGACACGGCGCUUUACUAUUGGCUUGCAACCGACACAAGAAACAGUCUGGUCUGUGUCGAUAUUGGCACCUGUCACACAGAUGGACUCUCGUUUCCUCUCUCGAAUCUAGCCGAAUCACUUCGAGACAAGUCUCUAAAUCUACCUGAGAAAUGCUUCUUCAUUGGUCCUAGUGGGGUACAGUCGGAGAAGCACAUUGUUACACCGUUUGACAACAGUCAGAGAGACGAUGGGUUGUUGUCGGAUGAUGAAGCAGCCCACAACAGGCAUCUGGAGAAGGUGUCAAUGACUGCCGACGACACACUCAAAUUACUCAGUGGUCGUUUUAAAUUGUUUGACUCUCCCGCCAUACUGGCUCCAGAAACUGUUGUGAAACUGUUGAAGUCGUGCUGUUUGUUGCACAACUGGAUGCAGCGGGUUGUGAAAAGUGGAGUUGAAACUAGUGAGGAGGUAGCUGCAGAUUUGGCGCCUGGUAGAGUGGAUGCUCCUGGUAUAAUCAAAAGUGGAGUUGAAACUAGUGAGGAGGUAGCUGCAGAUUUGGCGCCUGGUAGAGUGGAUGCUCCUGGUAUAAUCAAAAGUGGAGUUGAAACUAGUGAGGAGGUAGCUGCAGAUUUGGCGCCUGGUAGAGUGGAUGCUCCUGGUAUAAUCAAAAGUGGAGUUGAAACUAGUGAGGAGGUAGCUGCAGAUUUGGCGCCUGGUAGAGUGGAUGCUCCUGGUAUAAUCAAAAGUGAAGUUGAAACUAGUGAGGAGGUAGCUGCAGAUUUGGCGCCUGGUAGAGUGGAUGCUCCUGGUAUAAUCAAAAGUGAAGUUGAAACUAGUGAGGAGGUAGCUGCAGAUUUGGCGCCUGGUAGAGUGGAUGCUCCUGGUAUAAUCAAAAGUGGAGUUGAAACUAGUGAGGAGGUAGCUGCAGAUUUGGCGCCUGGUAGAGUGGAUGCUCCUGGUAUAAUCAAAAGUGGAGUUGAAACUAGUGAGGAGGUAGCUGCAGAUUUGGCGCCUGGUAGAGUGGAUGCUCCUGGUAUAAUCAAAAGUGGAGUUGAAACUAGUGAGGAGGUAGCUGCAGAUUUGGCGCCUGGUAGAGUGGAUGCUCCUGGUAUAAUCAAAACUCCUGGUAGCGAAGUUAUAGAUGCUCCUGGUAGCUGUGUGGAUGCUCGCUCCUGGUAUGAUAAAGACUGGUAGCUGUCUCUCAGAUGCUCCUGCUAGUAGUAUGGAUUGAUACUAUUUGCAAUAAGAACCACCGACACAUACAAGUGAUUGGUCUAAAACGUUUAACCAUUUAACGUUUAAACAUUGUUUAACCAUAACGUUUAUUGUUUAACGUUUAAACAAAUACGUUUUCCAACCUAAUAGGUAGCAUACUAAAAUGUUUAUUCCAAAAUAAAUGGCAAGGAUCAAUGAUAAAUAAUAGCAUAACAUAAAAUGAAAUGUUUAUUUUUUCAUUCAUGUUUCAAAAAGUUAGGUUUUGCUUUGAAUUUAUAGACCUAGGCUACA